UGUCGUUCAAAUAGUACCACUGAACACAAACGAUAUACAUUAAUACAACGGGGCGUGUAACUGCGCGCUUUAAUUGAUUGACUUUUGACCGGUUGGCGUUUUACAAUUCCGAGUUAAAGAAUGCACAAGGAAAGGCAGGUAGGUUUUUUGUUCACUUUUAAAAGGGAUUUAAAUAUAUAAACCGACGCUAAAAUACCCCUCAGAGUCGACCAUGGCAGGGAAAACAAACGCUGGCCUUUCUGACAACGGGAAUAAAGAGACAAUAGAACUGAACGGAUCUGCGACACCUGGAAUAUUCUCCAUUUCCCAAACAGGUCUCAUCAGUUUCCCAGAACACAUUGAGAUACUCCCCAGAGCCACAAUGCCUCCAGACCAGGAACCACAACCCCCGGACGAAGAAAACCGUUCUUUGGAAAAUGGGGAAAUCCAGACUGUACAGACACAAUACAGCUCAAUCUCUCCGCCGGAGUCCCCCGAAUCAGCAGAUGAGCCGUUCUCGACCUACUUUGAAGAGAAGGUUCCCAUUCCGGAAGAUUCCAAGCCUGGGUUCAGCUUUCGCAAGCUAUGGGCGUUCACUGGACCCGGGUUUCUUAUGAGCAUCGCCUACCUGGACCCAGGAAACAUUGAGUCUGACCUGCAGUCUGGAGCCAAGGCCGGCUUCAAGCUUCUCUGGGUCCUGAUGUCUGCCACGAUCCUCGGUCUCCUGUUGCAAAGGCUGGCAGCGCGCUUGGGGGUGGUGACUGGGAUGCACUUGGCUGAAGUGUGCCAUCGCCAGUAUCCCGCAGUGCCUCGUAUUGUCCUGUGGCUGAUGGUAGAGCUGGCUAUCAUUGGGUCAGACAUGCAGGAGGUCAUCGGCUGUGCCAUCGCCUUCAACCUGCUCUCCGCUGGAAGGAUUCCUCUGUGGGGCGGAGUUCUCAUCACCAUCGUCGACACCUUUGUGUUCCUCUUCCUUGAUAAAUAUGGUUUGAGGAAACUGGAAGCCUUCUUUGGGUUCCUAAUCACGAUCAUGGCCAUCACAUUCGGAUACGAGUACGUGAUGGUGAAGCCGGACCAGGGGGAGCUGUUGAAGGGCAUGUUCCUCCCAUACUGCCAGGGCUGCGGAGCCCCACAGUUGGAGCAGGCUGUAGGAAUCGUGGGCGCAGUCAUCAUGCCACACAACAUCUACCUGCACUCCGCUCUGGUCAAGUCGAGGCAGAUCGAUCGCUCCAAUAAGAGUGAGGUAAAGGAAGCCAACAAGUAUUUCUUCAUCGAGUCGUGCGUGGCGCUCUUCAUCUCCUUCCUCAUUAACGUCUUCGUCGUGGCCGUCUUUGCAGAGGCGUUCUACGGGAGGACCAACGAGGAAGUGCAUGAUGUCUGCACCAACAGCAGCAGCCCUUACUCCAACCUCUUCCCUCUCAACAACCAAACACUGGAGGUGGACAUCUACAAAGGGGGCGUGGUGCUGGGGUGUUUCUUUGGCCCGGCAGCCCUCUAUAUCUGGGCAGUGGGGAUCCUGGCAGCUGGGCAGAGCUCCACCAUGACCGGUACCUACUCCGGACAGUUCGUCAUGGAGGGCUUCCUGAACCUCAAGUGGUCUCGCUUCGCCCGGGUCUUCCUCACUCGCUCCAUCGCUAUCAUCCCCACUCUGCUGGUCGCCGUGUUUCAGGACGUGCAGACCCUGACCGGCAUGAACGACUUCCUCAACGUGCUGCAGAGCAUGCAGCUCCCCUUUGCCCUGAUCCCAAUCCUCACCUUCACCAGUCUCAACUCCAUCAUGAACGACUUCGCCAACGGGCUGCUGUGGAAGAUCGGUGGUGGGGUAGUGAUCCUGAUGGUGUGCUGCAUCAACAUGUAUUUCGUGGUGGUGUAUGUGACGAGUCUGGGGAGCGUGGUUCUCUACGUGAUGGCUGCACUCCUGUCCGUAGCCUACCUGGGCUUCGUAGGGUAUCUGGCGUGGCAAUGUUUGAUUGCUCUGGGGGUCUCGUGCCUGGAUAUCGGAAGCAGGUAUCGUCUGGGACUAACAGGGCACUCUGACCUCUACCUGCUGAACGAUGUGGACAGCAGCAUGUGUGUGGAAAGAUAGCAGGGCUGGAGGACCAGUGCUGGGUGAGAUGGAGCUCCCCUCUCCCCCUCCCAAAAAAAUAAUAACUCUCCUGUUUCUCUUAUAGAGAUGCACGUCUUCAUAACCCCUAAAAUUACAGGGACGCUCAGUCAGUUGUGGACAAUUAUUUUUUUAUUAUAAUAUUUUUUUUAAAUAUCAGAAUUGUCUUGUCCUUCACCAAAAGCCCUUUCUCAACCUGCUCCUCCUUCUUCAUGCCCCUGUCUUGAUAGACAUCAUAACCGUACACCUUUGUGUACAUAAAUGUACGUCCAUUUACACUGUGAGGAAAACUUGGUUAGCCUGUUCUUUAAAGACUUGAAAUAUAAGAGAUAUCGUAAUGUAGUCUUCUUCUUCAGAUUCACUUUGUAUCAUUUUUGGUUUUAGCCCUCACAUCCUGGAGACUUUAUAAAUAGCUUAAACCACCGCUGUGGCCUCAACAGAGCUUUCACAGUCAUCAUGGCCAAUCUCUGAGUACAUCUGGUACAACAGGGUGCAACCAGUAACCUGUCCCCCCUGCAACACUCUGCCCCAAGUCAGUGGAAGAAACAUGCGCUUGAGGGAGAGCGUUGCAGGGGGACAGGUUAACGGUUGCACCGAUGUUUAGACAGAGAGCUGUUUUGAGGACACACAGCGGUGCUUUGACCUUGAUGUGUCGAUUGAAACAGAAAGUGAUACAGAGUGAAUCACAGCGAGAAGGACAGCACAUGAGUUCAGAGAACUCUCUUAAGAUGUCUGGGGAUGUAAGUCGCUGUUAGUCUGUCUUUGCUUACCUACAGUGUGUCCGACUUACAUUGAUGCACAUUCCUCAAACGUUUCUCAAUUGUUUUUUAAAAAAAGAAGGUCUGGAGUUCUCUCGUUUUAAAAAAAUAUAUUUUAAUUUCCAGACAAAUAUCGAAUCGUAAAAUUAAUUCAACUAUCCAAAGCUGGAGUGUCCAGCGAUCCCAUUUGAUUUUACACAGGGUGAAUGCUGACCACAUUCUCCAGUGGUUUAGCCUUCUGUGAGCUCUUAUUGUCUGCUUACUAGUUAAGGUUAAGGUCAGAGAGAGCCACAGAGAAACAGAAUACACUAAUCCAGUGGUUCCCAAACCAGUCUUGAGGACCCCCUGUGUCUGCUGGUUUUCAUUCCAACUGAGCUCUCAAUUACUUAACGAGACCCUUCAUUGAACUGAUAAAUUGGACCUUUUAAAUUGUUUUCAGCUCUUAACAGUUGCAUAAGUAACUUGAACCCCUGCAACUGUUUUAAGAGCUGAAAACCAUUACAAAGGUCUGAUUAAGCAAAUGAUCAGUUCAAUGAAGGGUCUCGUUAAUUAAUUGAGAGCUCAGUUGGAAGGAGAACCAGCAGACACAGGGGGUCCCCAGGACCAGGGUUGGGAACCACUGCACUAAACGAUAAGCUGACCAAAAGCUUUCUUGGUCAAACUUUGUAUAGUUGUACCCAAUGGGUAGUGUUUUAAACAAGGAUAACCCACAUUCACCUGUCUCUCACCAUACAGCACUGUACAUUAAACUCCCCUUUCCUGUUCCCAAGCGCUGAUAAAUCUCAUAGAAAUCCCUGCCGCUGGUUUGUAUGUAGUUUUGCACUUACUAAACAAAAAUGCAUUGGUUUAUUUCAAAUAAUAUGCAGAAGGGUUAACGGUGAUCUGCAGGGAAGGGGAGCUAUCCUCAUGAACCAAAUGCCUUGUUUUUCUUUUAUAUAAAUAUGCAAUGUAUAAGGCUAGCCAGUCAAAUCAUGCUGUUAAUUAUAGGGAUGGUUGAGGUCAAUUGUUUGUUUUCCAAUUCCUUUUGAAAAUCAAUUCCCAGCACAUCACCGAUCAAAAAUCCAAUGAGCAGCAUUCUGUUCAAACGAGCUUCUCACAUUGGCAACAGAUUACUUGAAGUCACUGUUGUUUGUUAGUCAAUUCAAUUGGCUUCAAGUGAAAGCAGUCGAACAAUCACAACCAUUAUGAUGUUUCUAAAAUAUCAAUUUCAAUUCCUUCCAAUUGGAAUUGAAAAACAGGAAUUGACCCCAACCCUGAUUAUAGGUACUCCUGAAUGGGGCUGGACUGGAAUUGUAGUUUUAGACCAGUAGGGUUAUUAACACCAGGUCACAGUGGCUGUAAACCGUCCAGGGUUUUUUUUUUAGCGGUAUUUCUUUCUAGUAUUGCGCUCCCAGACUCUCAUGGUAUUUAUAUCUGGUGAUACAGAAAUGAUUCUGCUUGGACCAGAUUAAAAAAACAGAUUAUUUAAACUGCUAGUGUUUUAUAUAUGGCAAAAUAUACAUGCCACAAAAUUAGCAUAAUUACUCAAUUCAGUUUAUAUACCAUAUGUAUAGUUUACACGUGCAAAUAUUUGUUGCUGUCUGUGUCCACAGUGAGACAGCCACAAAAUGGAGAUAGUUCCCGGUUUCCAGUACACAAAAGUGACUCCCACUGCCAUGCACUGUUGUGUGGUUUUCACUGGACUGUUUAUGCCCACCGGUAACCUGAGUUGAUAACAUGCAUGCAUCCAUUUAUUUUAAAUGGGGUGACGUUAUAAAAUAAAGAAGGCUCAGGUCUCUUGUUUUUACUGUCGUAGAUGGUGCAGCUUCUCACCACAAGGUGGAGCUGUAUUUCUUCAGUGUGAUCGGUCCCACAAUUUCAGAAUUGUUAGUCGUUUGUUUCUGUAAAGGCCUGUCACCAUGGGCCCUAAUUUUUUUUAUUUAUUUUUAACUAUUUUAAAGCAAAGGGUUGAAACGUCUGAUAACAUACAGUAUAUAAAUUAAUUUAUAUUAAUAUUUAGUAAGGUUUUAUUGUUAAAAAAAAAAAAAACUGGUACAAUUGUAAAUACUGAAGGCUACGAUAUUGAUUAAACAGGAGAAGCUGCUCUGUUUCAGUGCAGCUUUCUCUUGUAACAUACAGGUGGUUGCUUGGUUAUAAAUAGGUAUUUUCUACGGGUGUAACUAUUAAUUGCGUAUUGAUGAAUCGUGAUACUUUCUUUACAUGAUAUAUCGUAUCUUAAUAUGUCUCGUUGUAGUAAUAUUGCUUAUUGUAGUUCAGCAAAUGGCAAUUUAUUUUUACAAACUAGUCCAUCGUUAAAUGAUCAUUUGAUUAUGCAUCAUUCAAGGAGUCAAUCUGAACCAUCACCUGCACCGUGAUAAAUAUCAUAUUGUGUCUUUAAUGUAUCUUUACACCCCUAGUAUUUUCUUUUGAUACACCUGAGAAUUACAAAAAAAUUAAACUGAAAAUAACCAGCCUUAAAUGUGGAAGAUAUUUUUGGUAACAAGGACAGCCAUUAUAGCUGCACUGGACCUCAACUGCAAUCCGUUUUAACUUAAUGUAUAGUAGGUUCGCUUUUUAGAUGAUUGAUUGUAUAUGAAAGUCAUGAAUAAAAGCCAGUGAAAUGUAUUAUAUUGUGUGAGAGGCAGAGACCUCUGCUGUUGCCGUGCACUACAACAAACUGGGCAAGAUUUUCAGAGCGAUUUACUUGAAAACGUCACAUUAGCAUGAUCUUUUCACAGAGUAAUAACACACCCAAUAAAGUUAACAAGCCAGGGAUAAGCAAGUCAGGCAUCUGAUGCUGGGGGCUUGUGGGAAGCCUGGUUUCUUACUCCUUUCAGACAAAAAUAAUGCCAAAGUCAAUUUGGAGUAAAUAGCUUUAAGAAUUCAGCCCGCUGUAUCCCGACACAGACCAACACUGAUGCAGGGAUGGGAAUAAGACUCCCAUUGCAUAGCAGUUGGAUCCAUUCCUGGUUUUACUAUGAGUUUAACAAGACACGCCUGAGCCUGUUACCUAUACACCGUGGCUAAUCAAGCUCAUAGUAAAACCUGGAAUGAGUGAAACUUGCUAUGCAAUAGGAGUCUGAUUUCCGCCCCUGUAGUGGCUGUACAGCAUUCAGCUCCAUUGACGGAGUGGAACCAGAGGGGUUAAAAUGUGGGGAAACAAAGGUUGUGUACAAUUUCUACAUCAGUGUGACAUUGUGAAAACAAAAUAAAUCUGUAUUAAAAAAAAAAAACGCUCUGCCAAGCCUUAACACAAAUAAAAUCAUUUUAUUUACAAAA